GGGACUGUAAUGAUGUCAUCGAUGUGCGACGACACCAGCGACGGUUUACAUGAGUCCUUUAAAGAGCGAUAAACGAUGGCAACAACAACAACCGCAACUAUAAAACAAGCUCUGAAAACCCACUUUGGGUUUGACAACUUUCGCUCUAAAGUACAGGAAGAUGUCGUCAAAGCAGCCGUUAAAGGUGACGUCGAUGUGUUUGUGUGCAUGCCGACUGGAGCAGGAAAGUCCCUCUGUUACCAGCUGCCUGCUGUCAUGGCUGAGGGCAUUACUCUGGUUAUAUCCCCGCUAAUCGCGCUCAUUCAGGACCAAGUGGACCACCUGAAGAGUCUGAACAUCCCUGCCUGUUCCAUCAACUCCAAGCUGGCAGCAGGCGAGCGCCAUCUGAUCCUGGCUGACUUGGGGAGCAGCAGCCCCAAGCUGAAGCUGCUCUAUAUUACUCCCGAGAUGGUGGCCUCUCCCUCGUUCCAGCCCUGCCUGACCGGCCUGGUCUCUCGCGGCCUGCUGUCUUACCUGGCUGUGGACGAGGCUCACUGCGUCUCCCAGUGGGGACAUGACUUUAGGCCAGACUACCUCAAACUGGGAAAGCUGCGUGGACGCUUGCCGGGGGUUCCCUGUUUGGCCCUGACGGCAACAGCGACCAAGAAUGUACAACAGGACAUUGCUCGGUCCCUGAAUCUGCACUCGCCACAGUCUUUCAUUACGCCUGUCUUCCGCAAUAACUUGCACUAUGAUGUGAUCUUCAGGGAGCUGCUGCCAAACCCUUACGCCCACCUCUACGCCUUUAUUCAGGAGGCACUGGCGGUGGACAGCGUCUCUAAUCGACAGGGUUGUGGGAUUGUGUACUGUCGGACCAGGGAUGGCUGUGAAACAGUGGCUCACCAGCUGACAAAGCUCGGAGUCUCGGCCAAACCGUAUCACGCAGGUCUCAGAUCAGGAGAUCGCACAGAGGUCCAGACCGAGUGGAUGCAGGGGGUGGUGCUGGUUAUUGUAGCCACCAUCAGCUUUGGCAUGGGAGUCGACAAGGCCAAUGUCAGGUUCGUGGCUCACUGGAACCUCGCCAAGUCACUGGCGAGUUACUACCAAGAGUCUGGGCGAGCGGGGAGAGACGGGCUGCCCUCCUCCUGUCGCACGUACUACUCCCCGAAAGACAAGGAGCAAAUUAACUUCCUCAUCCGCAAGGAUUUCGCCCGCAAACAGGCGAAACGUGGCUCUGCAAAGGAGGCCGACAAAGCGUCCAUCAAGGACUUCGAUGCCAUGGUGUCGUUCUGUGCUCAAGAAUCUUGUCGCCAUGCGACCAUCUCCAAGUUCUUUGGGGACCAGACGCCGAACUGCGCCGGUGCUUGCGACUACUGCCGCAACCCCAAAGCUGUGCGCGCCCAGCUGGAGCGGGCGGCGGUCCUCAGCACCAAGACUGAAGCGCAGAGCCAAGAGGCCCCCGGACCGUUCGGCUUCCAGCGAGGCCUUUACGAAGGAGGGAGGAAGGGCUACGGCUUUGAAAGGUUUGACGAAGAGGGCGCCAGUAGUGGUGAAGAAGAUGGCGGCUCAAAGAGGAAAAAGCAUUUUACAGACCUCUUCAAGCAGCAGAUGAACAUACGGAAGGUGACAACAGAGGCUCAGAGGGGCAACUUUGUUCCUCCAGACGCUGACUGCCCACUCAUAGAGGCCAGCAGCCAGAGGAUCCCCAGACUCACUGUGAAGGCCCGAGAGCACUGCCUGUGCCUCUUGCAGGAAGCUGUAUAUGGCCACCAGGGGGCAGGAGACGCACUCAAUGAAACCCGGUCUCUAGCAGCCGAUAUUGAACACAAGGUCUUCAAGAGCACCAAGUCUUCCAACUUGUACAAAGCUGCUGUCCUGAAGAAGGUAUCGGAGUUGAAGAAAGCAGCACCUGGAGAAAAGGGAGACGGUGUCAAGACUGACAGCAGCAGUGAAAAUGAGACCAAACUCAAAGAGGAGACGCCUUCGUCGUCUUCCUGCUCCAUUCCUGAGGAGCAGCAGGGGUUCACAUCUGCAUCUGAGAUCUACUCUAUGAAGCGUAAGCGAGUAGGAGCAGGCCUGAGAGGGUCGUCCGACCCCUUCCAGACUGCUAAGGAGCUGCUGAAGGCCUCCAUGUCGGACACGUUGUCCAACAAGUGGACGGAGAGCGGCGGGUUUUACAACGACAGCUCCGCAGGCUCCGGAGAGGCGAGCGCCGAUGCGUCUUUGGCGGUAACGUCGUCCGUCAGAGCCAGAGCGAAUGCUGUCGCCGCCGCCCUCGACAGCCCGACGAAGGCGGGUCGACCCGUGAGCAAGAAGCAGCAGAAAUUAGCCGAGGCGGCAAAGAGCUCCCGCAACAUUUCCCAGUAUUUUGCGAAGAAGGAAACGAUAGAGAAAAGCGCAGAGGAGGCGGAGACGCCGAGGGGACUCGAUGCAGCGCUGUCUCACACCGCGGUGGUGGUCGCUCAAGAAAGCAAUCAGGAACACUCGCCCGUCACUGGGGAAGACAUGGAGAUCAGUCCUGUGGAGACUCGGGACCUGAUCCAAAAGGAAAGUAAAAGAGAAGUGAUAGUUAUACACGAUGAGGAUGAUAACGAAGAGGAGGAAAUGGAUAUGACGGAGACGUUGGAGCUGCAGUGGCUUCCAGACUCAUCUGAAGAGAACAUCAAGUCCACCGCAGAACAAAACAAACCAGAGAAAGAAGAGAACCCCCCUCUCACCGAAGGGUUCACAGAUGAUAUGAAAGCGGACAGAGGGUCGUCUCCUCCGGCGAAGCGCAACCGCCCCACAGACAGAAAAGUGACCUUCAACCCCGACGUGCAGGAGAGGGCCCUGCUGCCCGUCAACGAGCCGCCCGAGCCUGUGACGCUAAAGGAAGCAGCUGAUAUCGUGGUCCGCUACCUGGACCCCUUCUACACAAAGGGAAAGUUUGCCAACAAGGUGUUGUUUAAGUCCUUCGCCCGCUACUUAUCUCACCUUCUCGCGGAGGGGCGGAGUCGGGGGAAAAUCCUAGUUAAAGCGGAAGCCAAAGCUCUCAUCAAGAAGUUCUUCAGCGGAGUGGAGCGCUGCGAGAGCGAGGCCGACUGGAAGCACCUUAAAAGACUGCACAACUGUGCGAGCACAGAGGACAAGGAAUGAUGGGAAGUGGAAACCUGGUCUUUUCAAGGGUCAAGCCCUUCUCCUUUUGUCAGUGCCUAAAGCUUUUCUCUCGUCACCACAGACGCCUGCCUACCAGAGUUCUGCUCUUUUUCAGGCCCGUUGCUGCUGCUUAUGUCCAUAAUGAAGCAAUAACAUGUGAGCUGUGACAGCUUGAGAGAGCAGAGGUCAAACUGUGUGCAUACUAAUGAGUGUUGUUCGUAUGUUUCAGCUAUUAACUGAACAUUUUCUUUGUUUCACGACAGUAUGUUGUACUGCCCUCUACAUACACAAUAUGCACUUACAUCUUUAGUAAAACCUGUUUCAAGUCUGCAAGUUGAUUUUUAUACUGAGCUGAAAUGAAUGGAAAGCAAAGGCUUUUUGAACAUUCGCUCAGCACUGAACACAAAGUACAGCUGAGGCUCUUGGGAAUGUCAUGAGUUUUGCGGAUACUUGGUCAUAAACUGAAUUUUAAUUUUGACCUGAUGGUGUGAGAUGAAAGGUCAGGGGAUCAUGAACGGGGUUCAUCCCCUGGGGAUCAUCUAAUAUGAACCAAAUGACACUGCAAUCUCUCAAAUGUGUGUGUGUGUGUGUGUGUGUGUGUGUGUGUGUAGAUAUUUAUGUCUGAUAUUUCCCUCCACAGAGGGACCCGCAUGGCUGUAAAUGCAUUGAGGAGAUGGUUGACCAUAAUGUGAAGAACGCGUCAUUUGAAGUAAAUGGGACUAAAACAUACAAGAACACUUAUUUGACAUUAACCAGUUAUGGGAGCCUGAGAUAUGGGAUAUAUAUAUUUUUUUUUUUACUGUUGUUACAUAUUUUGUCUUUAGCUGCUGGACUGCAAAACAAAGUAAAUGUACAUCGAGAUACUGUAUGAUGUGAAACUGUCCGGUUUGUUUGUGUGUGUUUUGUUUUUUACGUUAAAGAUGAGCUAAAUUUA